GCGAGUUUGCAACUGCGUUUGCGAAGCAAAUUGAAGAAGCGCAACGACACCAAGAAGAACAGGAUCGAGCGUUUGAGGAGCGAACGAAGGCCGCGCAGGCAGAAGCGCUGCAACAGCGUGUAGAUCUCAACGAGGAGUGGACGAAACGCCUGGACCGCACGUUAUUGGAACUGGACUUAGCACACAAGUCGUAUCAAGAACUGCAGACAGCCGUUGCAACUCAAGGCUCGCGGGACAAAGCACAAAGGGCCGAAAAAGUACUUGUGUCAAUUCGGUUCUUUGGUUACUUCUAUGCAUAUUAGACCUAUGGAAUACAAGCAGAUAGUGAGAAGUAAUACCAUCACCGGGUGCUGCAACAACGAGCUCUUUCUGUCGCUGUCAUUGAUAGACCCGUUAAGCUGGUAUUACAACAGGACGGGCAGAUUGCAGCGAGGGAGGCCGAUAUUCUUCAGCGUACCAUGGAC